AUAUUUCAGUUAUGGUAACAUUGAUUCCACUUCAAAUGUCAUUGUCAAGUUAUAAUCUAUAAUAUUUUCUUUUUCUGUGGUCUUUUCUUGUCGACGGUAUAAAGAGUACCCCAACAUGGGUAAGAUUAUGAAGCCGGGUAAAGUGGUGCUGGUCCUCAGUGGCCGGUACGCGGGACGCAAGGCCAUCGUAGUCAAAAACUACGAUGAGGGAACGUCGGACAAACCUUACGGUCACGCCUUCGUCGCUGGCAUCGACAGAUAUCCUCGCAAAGUGCACAAGAGGAUGGGCAAAAACAAAAUCCAUAAACGUUCCAAAGUCAAGCCCUUCGUUAAGGUUGUCAACUAUAAUCACCUUAUGCCAACCCGUUAUUCGGUUGACUUCAGCUUCGAGAAGUUCAGUGCUAAGGACUUAAAGGACCCCGCGAAACGUAAGAAGCUCCGUUUCAACACACGAGUCCGUUUUGAGGAGAGAUACAAGAGUGGCAAGAACAAGUGGUUCUUCCAGAAGCUUAGGUUCUAAGUACACUUAAAAUAAACAACAAAAAACUUUCCAAA